GACACUUCCCCUUUGACCACUUUCCUCUUCUUUUCUUUUGAUGCCUUGCUAGUCCAGCAGUCCUGCUUGCUUUAAUAGGGAGAACCUCCUUUCUUGAUUGUCUAGUCAAUUGAGAGACUCAUAACAUGAGCCGCUACUUCAGGGUAUUGUUCGUCAGCACGGAAGUGAUAUUUCGGACACUCAGAUCGUAAAACUUUCUUCAUCGAAGUUGAUCACCUGCUCGGUUACUAUAUGCUGUAAAAAUUUCAGAAUUUUUUGAAUUUUGCUGGAUGUCUGAACCUGCUCCGUGAUGUCUGUGUUCACUCAUGGCUGCUCUCUCUUUGAUGCCAACUAGAAACUGAAAAUGGUGGGCAGAAGUAGUCAGGGUCUCCUUUAUACAAGUUUCUCCCUUUACGAGAGAGGAAGUGCGCAAAUUCCUUUGGUUCCUAGUUUGACGGAGUUGGUCCAGCUGUGCCCCAAAGGCUUCUUCUUGAGAUGCCAACUCUUCUGCCUUUUCCUAUGAAAGAUGAUCUUUGUCUUUUAUGGUUGCUUCUUCCAGAGCUAGCUGCUACUCAAUAAUGAAACCAAGUUCAACUAGAGAUGCCCUCUCCAUCUCCACCAAUCGAUUGAUGAAGUUCAUUAACGAACUCUGCUGGAGGAACUCAAAAUUUUAUGGCAUCUAAAGCUUUGCCAAUCCUUCCUGGUUCGACUGUGAAGGAUCACUUAUUUUCCCUGAAUGAUGGUUUGAAGAAAGGACGGCCUCCUCCGUCAAUCAAGAAUAUUUGUACGCUUAUCGGGGGAGAACCAACACCAGAGACAAUUCCUACUAUAGAUCCCGCAACCAUUUCUAGGUGCUGUAUAGAAAAAGGCUUGUUCCCAGUGGUUCCUCUUUUCUUCCAGUAUCCUUGUGGCAUUACUAAGGGCUGGUCUGAAUGGGUUGAGUCCGAGUUGGCAAACCCAGUUUCUCAAGAUAUUUUGCGGAGGACCGAAGUGUUGGAUGCCAUCUUCUUAUCUAGAAAAUAUGAGAUUCGUUUAGAAGUGGAGCUACUUCGCCAUGUGGUUCGUAGAUGGAGUACUGACACCCAUACUUUUAUGUGUUCAUGGGGAGAGUUCACUCCUACUCUUGAAGACGUGGCGAACCUCCUUCAUCUUCCAGUUAGUGGUAAUCAAGAUCCAUUCAAUAUUCCGCUGGAUGCUGAGGACAAAGAAAGACUUUAUACUCUUCGGAAGGGUGCUCUUAUUUCCAGCAGUCAGUCCCUUCGAUUUAGUAGUUGGGUGAGACAUUUUGGGAAUCAAGACAAAGGAAACCCUUGCAGACUGCCGGCACUGCUAUCUAUGUGGUUGGGAAAGUUCGUGUUUUGUGACUUCCACCAAGAUCUCAUUCAUGACAGGGUGUUUCCCAUGGCUUUGUCAAUUGCAAGAGGUGAUGUGAUCCCCUUAGCCCCCAUGUUCUUGGGACACUUGUAUCGUUUACUGGACCAAGUACAUUUUCUUGAAAAAGGGGUAGCUGGGAGCAUGGCGUUGGAAACUCUUCUCAAUUCAAGUUUUCUGCAAGUAUUUCUCUGGGAGCGCAUCAAAGGUUUGAACGUAUCUCCUCUUUCUUUCCCACAAGCUAAGGUACUUGUCGAAACCAGUGGGGAUUCGUACAUGCCAAAAAUGCUUCCCUUAACCUCUCGGUGGCUCAAAAGGAGACACCGUAAAGGUCAAGAUUUUCUUGAGUUAUUGGAUAACAUUGAGAACUUCAUUUUUCGCCCUUACACCAUGGUGCCUAAAGGGUUUGAGCAUGUUUCCUUUUAUGGAGAUUUGGAUGGGGUAGCGAAGGUCCCCAUGGUAAUGGCAAGUGGUGUGCAGCUGAAAAGAAAUGCCAUCCUGAAUGUGGCGAGUCUUCCACUGCCUACUUUUGGAGAUAACCAUAGUGAAACUUCUGUCUAUUAUUCACCACACCGAGUUAAACUCCAACAUGGGCUUGAUCAAGGUGUUCCAUUGGGGCCUGGUUACCACAAACCAUCUUCAAUGCACAAGUUUUAUUGGAAUGGUGCUGCAGACCACGGUAGGGAAUUUGCUUUUGCACUGGCUGAUAAAGGAAGAGCCGGUAGCUUCUCAAAAAGCUACAGGGUCUACUGGAACCGUUGUUUCGCCUCUUUCAACCGAUUUCACACAAAUAGUUGCGCAAGAUUGCUCCCUUCUAUUGAUCGUCAUCCAAGGUUGGUGCCAGAGGACAAAGCUAUUUACCUGAGUGAGAAACGAAACUUGACAUUUACUUCAAGGAGUGGUAAGAUUGUUGGGAAGUUCCCUAGAUCAGGGAGAAAGACAUAUCAACACGUAUCUUGUGACAGAGGAAAGAGUGGUGUUCGUGAAAAAAGAAAGCAAGAAGCUAAUCAGGAGAGGGGCGCUUCCAAGAAACCAAAGAAGUUUAUGCCCAAAGUGGUCGCGAUUGGCUCUCCUAAGGCCAAAAAAGAACUUGCUGCACCAAUCCCUAAGCAUGCCCAGUGUGCGAAAUCUUCUGUGACAACUUCUAAUGCUCGCAUUCAUAACAGCAAAUCAACCAAAAAUCAAAGAGUUGUCUCGGAGCCACAAGAAGAAGGUCUUGCAAGUUGCCGAAAUAUCCAGAAAGGCAAACUCUCAAGUAUAUCUGAAGAUAAUGAUUGUGCAGAAGGACAUGGGGAUAGUGGUAAUAAUGGGUCAGCUGGUUGCAUAAAUAAUGAGAUCAAUGACAAUGGUACUGCUGAGGCUAGGGUUAACGAGGAAGCCGGAGGAGAUGGUGGUGAGGAUUUCACCGAUCUUGAUGUAGAAGAUACGAUACCAGCACCAGCUUCCCUCUUUCCAGCACCAACUUCCUCCUUUCCAGCAUCUGUUAGAAAUGUGCCCUAAGAGCCAAUACAUUUGAUGUAAUCUCCUUAGAAUACAUUUCGUAUAUGAUAUAUAAAGGGCAAACUUAUUUUGUUAUCUUUUACAUCGUGUAAAGAAACAAAUGUCCAGGGUAUGCUAAAUAAGAGAUAAAGUAAUCUAAAGAAGAUUAGAUUCAUGAGACC